CCUGAAUAUAUAUUUUUUUUUUUUCUUCAAUUCAGUGAUUGACAGAGGACAAGACCAUGACCAGCAGGUGACCGUCUUCACAAGCGUCCCAAAAAAAAGUUCUCAGCUCUGGCCUCUCGUUCACCAAGACUGACUCUUGUAGAUGUUCCAAUGGCCGACCAAAGAAUGGAUAUCACAUCAACCAUUAACGACUUCAUCUCCUCGGGUCCGACUGACCUCAUAUCAAGCUCUAUCAGCAGCGGUGGAAUGGAGUGCAACCGCAAGAGGAAGGGCAGUCUGACGGAUUAUCAGCUCGACAGCUUUUCUUUUGAUCAUGGAGAAGGCAUGGAUACCGACAAGGACGAUCCCCACGGGAUGUUAGAAUACGCAGAAGGUCGGAUAAAAAAUGCGCGGGAAGCGCACAGUCAGAUUGAGAAGAGGCGCAGAGACAAAAUGAACAGUUUCAUCGACGAGUUGGCGUCUCUUGUGCCCACGUGUAACGCCAUGUCCCGGAAGUUGGACAAGCUGACCGUGCUGAGAAUGGCCGUACAGCACAUGAAGACUCUGCGAGGUGCUACAAAUCCAUACACAGAAGCAAACUACAAACCCUCAUUCCUGUCUGAUGACGAGCUGAAGCACUUGAUUCUCAGGGCAGCAGACGGAUUCCUCUUUGUCGUGGGCUGCGACCGCGGGAAGAUCCUGUUUGUAUCCGAAUCAGUUUUCAAGAUCCUUAAUUACAGUCAGAAUGAUCUGAUUGGACAAAGCCUAUUCGAUUACCUACAUCCAAAAGACAUUGCCAAAGUAAAGGAGCAGCUGUCGUCCUCGGACACGGCCCCGCGGGAAAGACUCAUCGAUGCAAAAACCGGUCUCCCAGUUAAGACUGACAUCACCCCCGGACCAUCGCGGCUGUGCUCUGGAGCCAGGCGGUCGUUCUUCUGCAGGAUGAAGUGUAACAGACCCUCCGUGAAAGUAGAAGAUAAAGAUUAUCCAUCCAACUGCUCGAAGAAGAAAGGGGACCGGAAAAGCUUUUGCACUAUUCAUAGCACUGGAUAUUUAAAGAGCUGGCCCCCCACAAAAAUGGGCCUCGAUGAGGACAACGAACCGGAUAGCGAGGGCUGUAAUCUUAGCUGUCUUGUCGCCAUUGGACGCUUACAUCCGCACAUAGUACCACAGCCUGCAAACGGGGAGAUCAGAGUCAAGUCCACAGAGUACGUCUCGCGGCACGCCAUUGACGGGAAGUUCGUGUUCGUAGAUCAGAGGGCGACGGCCAUUUUAGGGUACUUACCACAAGAACUUUUAGGGACCUCGUGUUACGAAUAUUUCCAUCAAGAUGACAUCGGGAAUCUUGCAGAGUGCCAUAGACAAGUGUUACAGACGAGAGAAAAAAUCACCACAAAUUGUUACAAGUUUAAAAUCAAAGAUGGCUCCUUCAUUACCCUGAAGAGUCGCUGGUUCAGUUUCAUGAACCCAUGGACCAAAGAAGUGGAAUACCUGGUCUCCACCAACACGGUUGUAUCAACAAAUAUUCUAGAGAGCGGAGAUUCGGCCUUUUCACACUUGUCGGCUUCCCCGCCCAGUAUGGACAGCGUCCUGCAGUCUGGAGAAGGUGGCACAAAGCGAACCCAUCCAACAGUGCCUGGCAUUCCCGGCGGCACCAGAGCUGGAGCUGGAAAGAUUGGCAGAAUGAUCGCCGAAGAGAUCAUGGAAAUUCACAGAAUAAGAGGAUCUUCACCGUCGAGCUGUGGGUCGAGUCCACUGAACAUCACCAGCACCCCCCCUCCUGCUGCCUCCUCGCCAGGGGGUAAAAAGAUCAUGAAUGGGGGCACCAUGGACAUCCCAAUCGCCGGAUUAGGUACAGGACAACUGCAGGAGAACGCUGGCUUUCCAUACCCUGACAACAACUCAAUGCUUGGUGAAAACACACAAAUGGGGAUUGAUAUGAUAGAACCAGACCACGGGUCAAGCAGCCCCUCCAAUGAUGAAGCGGCGAUGGCGGUCAUCAUGAGCCUCCUGGAGGCAGAUGCAGGACUCGGGGGUCCCGUAGACUUCAGUGACUUGCCUUGGCCGUUGUGAAUAGGACUAGUUUUAUUUUUCCAUCCACAGCAUCAAAGUGCAUUAUGGGAGCUCCAACUACUUCAGUGCUCCGCUGACCGUCUGUGGCAGGAAGACGUAAACAGGACCCGAGACCAGUUGUAUGUCAUAAGCCAUAUCUGCUCACCGCUCGCUGUCUAGUGUUAGACCCGCUCAGUGAUCCGGCUUGUGGUUACAGCUUUGUAUAUUUUUGAAAUUUGAUGCUUUUUUUUAAAAUUGUACAAAUGGGCAAUGGCGUCAGCGAAUCAUGUCAUUUCAGAUGUCUGGUGUGUACACGGGAGCGAUCCCUUCCGUGGAGAUUUCUUAUAACUUGUACAAAAGAUGGUUUAUUGUAAGAAUCCUAUAUGGUACCGUGUAAUAGUUAAAUAUUUUUUAAAUAAAUUGUAUAAUUGUUCUAUAUGG